CUGCACUACGGGACCCUCCUGGGCAGCAGAGCUUGUGCCCACAUGGCAGCAGCUGCCUGGGCCAGUGCCUUUCUCAAUGCUCUGCUGCACACAGCCAAUACAUUUUCCCUGCCCCUGUGCCAUGGCAAUGCCCUGGGCCAGUUCUUCUGUGAAAUCCCCCAGAUCCUGAAGCUCUCCUGCUCACACUCCUACCUCAGGGAACUUGGGCUCAUUGCUGUAAGUAGUUGUUUGGUAUUUGGUUGUUUUGUGUUCAUUGUUUUCUCCUAUGUGCAGAUUUUCAGGGCUGUGCUGAGGAUCCCCUCUGAGCAGGGACGGCACAAAGCCUUUUCCACCUGCCUCCCUCACCUGGCCGUGGUCUCUCUGUUCAUCUGCACAGCAGUGUUUGCCUACCUGAAGCCCCCCUCCAUCUCCUCCCCAUCCCUGGAUCUGGCCCUGUCAGUUCUGUACUCAGUGGUGCCUCCAGUUGACAGUGCUGAUGCUUUGGAAGUUGUGGAUGAAUUCCUGGAAGCCAAUCCCAAAUGCCUGAUGCCCCACCUGUGGCCCAUGCUGGAGCUGUUCCUCCAGGUGAAGGCCUCUGGGGUGGGAGGGAGCCCCGAGUUACCUCGGGAGAGGAUGCAGGGCAGGUACACUCAGGCGCUUUGGUCUGUGGGGUCGGUGAAGACGGCGUUCUGCACCAGCUCCAGCUCUCACAGGGGCAAAGGGGGCACCCCAAAAUCUCAGGGGGGAAGCGAGGUCAACCAAAUUCAUAAUCCUGUCCGUGAUGCCAAUUUAAUAUCGUGA